UUUCUGAGAAAAAGUAUAGACCCUUUUUAAUAAAACUUUCAUUCACAAAUUAAAAUGCCAACAUGUGCUCCAUAUAAGAAGCCAUUUUUUCCCACUACUCUCCUACCUCCCCCUCUCUCUCUCCCCUCUCUCUUUGGUUCCAUCCAUAGCUUGAAAUCCAUAAUGUAGUUCACAUCAAGAUGGGAAGAAGAACAGAUAGAAAACCUAAAUCUUACACACUCCCUUCUUCCCCUACACACUCUUCUUCUUCUUCUGAUUUCGAAUUCACCAUUGCACUUUCUCCACGUAGUCGAAAACUUUCCCCUAACUUAUGCCCCGCUGACGAACUUUUCUACAAAGGCCAACUCUUACCACUCCACCAAUCCCCACGUUUGUCUAUGGUUCGCACUCUCCUUUUAGCCUCAUCCUCGACCUCUUCCUCCUCUGAUACGACGACCAUUGCUUCCCGUGACUCCACAGGAAGCAGUGGGAGUUCUAAUGACUCUUACUCGAGUGGCGACCUCGUCCUCCUCCCUGACGGAUGUGACUCCUCACGUCCUAGAUCUGUGGCAGAGGAGGAGGAGUUCAAGCGCCUUAACAACUCAACACACAUUAAUAUCCCUUAUGGCACGGCUUCAGCUUCGACUUUUAUGAAGAAGGGUACUAAUAAGUACUUGAACUUUUCGCUCGCGAGAUUCUCUUCCGUGUUCCGCAAGGAAUCUAAUAAGACCAACCGGAAUCUUAAUGAUUCUGAGGGAAUCUCAGGACCUUUGCCUGCUCAGAUAUCAUCUGUUAGACGUAUGAGUACGUCCGCUCGAGAAGUCAUACGUAAGUACUUGAAAAAAGUCAAGCCUUUGUACGAAAAAUUAUCACAAAAGCCUUCGGAGAAAAUUAUGGUGUCGUCAAGUACUGUGACAUUAUGUAAAAAUAGAGAGAAUAUUUGUUCCAUGAUCAAAGAAAGCACUCAAAAUGCAACAAUUUCACAUUCAUUUUCUGGGAAUUUGAGGUAUCCAAGAAGGAGAAGCUACGUGUCAAGCUGUCCAUCGUCGAUGAGAUCAUCACCAAGUCAUUCUGGGAUCCUUAGUAGAAGUGGAUUCAACACGCCGACGACCAAUAAGACGAUGACAGGUGGAAUUUGCUCAUCAGAUUCAUCUACUAUGGAGGAGUUACAAAAUGCUAUCCAAGGUGCUAUUGCACAUUGCAAAAAUUCCAUGCUUCAAAAUCAUAAUGCUUCUUAGUAAUAAUAAUAAUAAUAAUAAUAAUUUGGGUCAGUAUUAAUGAAAUUUAACGAAUAUUUAGUAUUGUUCUUUUGUCAAGGUAAAUAAGGAAGAAAAAAAAAAAAAGAAAAGAUCAAUUGUGUUGCUAGCUUAUUUUUAGCUAUUGGGGAUCUAAAGGUUUAUUAAUUUUUAUUUAGUGGGUUAUUUGACUGAUGAAGAUGAGGAAUUUAAUUAACCUUUUGUUGUUUUUUUUCCUCCUGAAGGUUCAUUAUAGUUUUAACCUAGCCGUUGUGUGUUGAUCUACUAAGUUUGCAUGUGAUGUUAUUAAUGGAUUACUCAUUUGUAUUUUUGUAUGUUGUGUUUUGUUCCAUCGAAGUUUGGAGCUUCUUGGAAUUUGUACUCCGUUGUUUGUCUUCUACGACUCUAUUUUAUGUGAAAUCUGAGUAGUCACUUAAUUUAAAUAUAAAUUCUUUCUCAUAGCCGAUUCAA